UUGGAGUGGCCUAUGGCAUGUUGGCUUGGUGCGGGAUGAAGGCUCGUGCGAGCAAUAGCAUGAGACCGGUAAGAGAGGCUAAGGGUGCUAGGAUGAGGAGGGGCUUGCAGUGGCCGAUGAAGGUCGGCUUUAGUAUGGGGCCGUGGCAUGCGGGAUCGAAGGGUUGGAGCGUGCUUGGACUAGCCUCGUAUGGGGUUAUGGCGUGCGGGAUUGAAGGGCUAGAAGGGCUAGAGCUGGGCAAUGAGCUUCGGAUGAGGGAAAGUUGGCAUGUGGAUGUUUAUGAAAAGGAGGAGAUAGAAGGCUCGUGA